AUGUCUCUGAUGGUGGCUCUCGGCCGCUGCGGCACCCGGCCGCCGGCCUUCUGGCGUGUUGCACCAAUGACCGCCGCCACCGUCACCAGCCAUCACCACCAUCAGCAGCAGCAGCAGCAGCAGCAGCGGUGCCGCCAUCCUCCACAGCGCGGAUACACGCGGGUGUAUCCCCAGCCCGGAAUGACGCUGGAGCUACCACACCCUUUCAGUCGGCGGGUGGGCCGGCCUACCUUGCCGGCUCUCACGCCGGCCGACUUCUUGGCGCACCACAACUACCAUGCUGAGCAUUCGGCCCAGUUGGCGGCCACGGUCGCCGCCGUGGAUGUCGGAGCCAUUUCUCUGCGGCCUUCGCUGCCUCAGGCUUUGGAGAAAAUUGCCCUCGCCUCGGUUUUCAGCCGGCGGAGCCCGCUCGCGAGGCCGCGUGGCGCCUCCCAUCCCGGGAAUCCUCCCACCCCGAAGCCCGAGCUCCUGUCCGUUGCAUCUGACUGUGCGCAGUACAUGUUCUUCCUGGCGCGCUGCUGCAAGAAGCCCCACAUCAAGCGGCGCCUUCGUCGGCUGGCGGAAAUGCUCCUGAACCGCCUUCACCUCGCGAACGACGAUGAGCUUUGUCAGAAACUGAACUGGAGCUACACUGUGGUGAUUGAAAUGGUGUCCCACAUUCCGCUGGUGGUUCCACUGCCACCCUUGCUGAUCCAGCGCCUGGCCAUGUCGCCAGAGCGCUAUGCCCGCCGGCCGCUCUACGGCCUGGACUGGAGCAGUCAAGAGGUGCAGUUGGGUCUCGACGCGCAAGUUUGCCCACAGACCGGCCGACCGGCCAUCCACCAUCUGGAUCGAGUUCGUCAAAUCCUGGACUACCUGGGAGCCGACUCGCCGGACUUGCGCCUGCUGGAGACGAGCCUGCAUCGGGUUCGUGCGGCGGCUGCCGGGGCUCCGCCCGUGAGUCCGACCGUGCCCCCGACGCCGGAGGAGCUGACAGCCGCCUGGCGAAGCCGGCACCUGGCCGACCCGCUGGAGCGCUGGAAGCGCACGGUUCACCCCCGGCUGCUGUUCAUUGGCUUUGGCACAACGAUCAACCACACGCCGAAUGGCCUGCAUAACAUGCUGGACGCUAGUCUCCGGCAGCGGUUCCGCCGCCAGCGCCAGGGCAUGUCCCAAGCAACCGCACUCGCGGCCAGCGGAAUGGCCCCCGCCAAGGAGGACACCCCCCAGCAUUCGGACCUGGAGGAGCCGGAUUCCGGCUCCGAGGCCGAGUGGGAAGACGGAAGCAGCUUCGAUCCCAAUGCUCCGCCGCCGGCCAUCCCCACGCUUGAGGAAUUGGCUGCCGAGCCGAAGCUCCCGCCGGCCGCUCUCGAAGCCGCGGCCACCCGACACAUGAGUCCCCUUGUGGCAUUGCAGCUCCGCGCGGCGCAGCACGCGGCCGAGGCCGAAGCCGCUGCGGCCGCGGAGGCUGCCGCAACGCAGCCGCCAGGCUUGCAGCCGGCCGCCGACACCUCCGAAGACAACACGGCAGCCAUGCCGGAAUUCCCUGUCGGCCUGGCACCCGAGCAGUCCGGUCGCUCGGCCGUGGCCCCGCUGCGCGGACACCUGAUCCGUCGCGGGUCGAUGCCCAUCCUGCGCCUGUCCUCUCGGCGCACAAAUCAGCGCGCGUGUCUGCAGGACACCCGGUCCGGCCGUCGAGCCAAGGCCUUCCUCACGCCGACGCACUUGCAUCGCCUGAUUCAGGCCAUUCUCCGAGGGGACACCAUGCGCUUUGGCGAGCUGAAUGUGGCUGCCCUGAUCAUGGCACUGCCGUUCUAUGCUGCCUCACUUUCCGGCGACGGAUGGAUGAUUCGGCCGGCCGGCGAGGGGGCCGACGGGGAGACGCUCGUCCGUCGGUCGGAUGCCGAUCCGGAUGCCGACCCGCACCUCUUUGUAACCGACCGUCGGCGGUACUCCCUCAAAGAUCACCCCCGGGCAGACCCGGCUCGUCCGCGUUUGGCCGAAGAUCCGCACUAUCAGGCCGAGGACCCGCUCUUCUUGGAUUACCUGACUCUGUUGGCCGCGGAUUCCAGUGAUGAUGGCCGUGGCUUCCAUGCCCACGGUCACGACCUGGGCUCUGUGUACCUCUCCUGUCGGUAUAUCAGCCCGUCGUUGGAUCCGCUGGCGGCGGAGCUGCGCCAGGAGCAGCUUACCCCGAGGGAUGCCCCCUCGCCCGAGGCACUGGCCCGGCUGGAGGCCCACCUGGACCCACGUGUCCUGGUUCGGGCACGUUACUACCGUCGGCGGAUGGCUGAGACGCUUUUCACGGACUCCGAUUACCUCCGAUCGCUGGAGAGGAUGGAUAACAAGCGCAACUGAUAGGCAAGUAGAUGCCAUCUUCGCCCGUCUUUCCUGUGUGGCGCCGAUCUUUGAAGGUCAAUAGAGUCGCUAUGCGCGUGCA